AUGGAUUCCAGUCCUAAUCACACCCAAAAGCCUCAUGCUGUAUUUGUACCAUUUCCAGCACAGGGUCAUGUGAAUCCCUUCAUGCAAUUAGCAAAACUCUUCCGUUGCAACGGUUUCCACAUAACCUUUGUGAACACUGAAUUCAACCACAAACGUUUGAUAAAAUCUCUUGGAGAAGAGUUUGUGAAAGGUCUCCCAGAUUUUCAAUUCGAGACCAUACCUGAUGGUUUACCAGAAUCAGAUAAGGAUGCAACACAGGAUAUUCCAACGUUGUGUGACUCAACUAGGAAAAACUGUUAUGGUCCAUUCAAAGAGCUUGUGAUUAAGCUCAACACUUCAUCACCUUAUCCAGUUACUUGCAUAGUUGCUGAUGGAACUUUUGGGUUUGCUGGAAGAGUGGCUAGAGAUUUAGGAAUUCCAGAGUUACAAUUGUGGACAGCUUCUGCUUGUGGCUUUGUUGGAUAUUUGCAAUUUGAGGAACUUGUCAAAAGAGGAAUUCUUCCAUUCAAAGAUGAAAAUUUCAUGGUCGAUGGCACAUUGGAUACAAGUUUAGAUUGGAUAACAGGAAUGAAAGAUAUAAGAUUAAAAGAUCUUCCAAGUUUUAUAAGAGUCACUGAUUUAAAUGAUAUUAUGUUCGAUUUCUUGGGUUCUGAGGCACAAAAUUGUUUGAAAUCAUCAGCAAUCAUCAUUAAUACAUUUGAAGAAUUGGAAGGUGAAGCUCUUGACAACCUCACGGCCAAAAAUCCAAACAUAUAUAGUAUUGGACCAAUGAACAUUCUUGGUAGGCAUUUUCCCGAGCAAGAUAAUGGUUUUAAAGCAAGUGGUUCAAAUUUUUGGAAAAGUGAUCCAAAAUGUAUAAAAUGGUUGAAUAAAUGGGAAUCUUGCUCGGUAUUAUAUAUUAAUUAUGGAAGUAUAACUGUUAUGACAAAUCAUCACUUGAAAGAAUUUGCUUGGGGAAUAGCAAAUAGCAAGGUACCAUUUUUAUGGAUAAUGAGGUCAGAUGUUGUAAUGGGUGAAGAAACUUCAAGUUUGCCACAAGAGUUUUUAGAUGAAGUUAAGGAUAUAGGAUACAUAACUAGUUGGUGCUCUCAAGACCAAGUUCUUGCUCAUCCAUCUGUUGGGGGAUUUUUAACUCAUUGUGGUUGGAAUUCGACACUUGAAGCUAUUACAUAUGGUGUGCCCACUAUUUGUUGGCCUUUCUUUGCCGAACAACAAACAAAUUGUAGGUAUUUAUGCAACAUUUGGAAAAUAGGAAUGGAGAUCAACUACGAUGUGAAAAGGGAAGAGAUAACAAAUAUUGUCAUAGAACUGAUGGAAGGACAAAAGGGAAAAGAAAUGAGACAAAAGAGCUUAGAGUGGAAAAAGAAAACUAUAAUUGCUACUGAUUUGGGAGGAUCGUCAUAUAAGAAUUUUCAUAAAUUAAUCAAAAAGAUUCUUCGUUAG